AUGUUCCCACCACGAGCAAAGUCAAAUGUCAAAAGAUACGGGCGGCAAUCUUCAGGGCUGGAUCAGUUGAACGCCCAGGGUAAAAAUGCUCUCUUAUACCCCAACCUCCUCGAGCUGACAGUCUACAGCAGUAUGUCCCCGUGGUAUUCAGCGAAAGCAGUCCCUCACGCCAUUCCGCAAAAGUGUACGUCUAGAAGAGACACAACGUCUCCCUCGGCAACUGGAGAGCCAAGAGCAAGUACAUCAACUACUCUCACCUACGAGUAA